GAAAUUUGAAAGAAGGAGAACAAUGGAUUGUUGAUAAUGGACAUUUGGUAGCAUGGACCUGUUCAUAUAUAAUUGAAAGAUCCGGUGGUGGUUUUAUCAGUGGAAUGCAUGCAAAGGAAGGUCUUGUUUGUCGAUUUACAGGUCCAGGAACAAUAUUAAUUCAAACUCGAAAUCCUGAAUCUUUGUCAGCAUGGAUUGCAGGCCAAAGACCAGGCUAA